AUCCAUCCAGCUACAGUUUUUAGGAGGCCCAGGGAGUAAUCUAAUCUUGACUUCUUGACUCCUUGAGAGCAGUUGAGAACCCACUUCAUUUUUUUUUUGGAUGCCCGCCUGUCGGCACUUCCAGUCUUCUCCGAGACAGUGUGACCACGAGUGCCCCACUUGCAUUCACUGUCUGUGCGCCGCGACGUUCGCUUUUCGUCUUCGGCCUGCAUGGUCUCUAAUAAUCAUUUCUAGAAAAUAUCCCGUUCUGGCAUUUCAAUAAGCUGUGCUCUGUGCCUGGCCACGAUGCAGCCAACACGGUGCCUACUCAAGCGGUCGGUCUGGAAAGGGCCGCACAUUGUGCCACUCCCCAUCGUGCGGCCCGAACCAGGCAAGAAGAUUGCGCCCAUCCGGACCCAGGCGCGGUCGGCCACAAUUUUGCCCAACUUUGUGGGCCUCAAGUUCCAGGUGCACAAUGGCAAGGUUUACCAUGACGUGACCAUCACCGAGGAGAUGGUGGGCCACAAGCUUGGCGAAUUCUCUCCGACACGGAAGCCAUUCAUAUGGAACAAGAAAUAAAAGGCUCGUGAUGCUGGACACUCUAUCGUACCCGGACUCUCAUAAUCCUUAAGGGGAGAGCAAGACGGCUUUCUGAUAUACAACAACCUGUAACAAUACGAGGCUGAGAAGCCACGAAGCGCGCUCGGUCGCGGGGCCCGAUUGCGAGGUGGCAAGGUCAGGGCCGGGUGGCACCAAAGAGCGAAGAGGAAUAGACACGGGCCGAUUUGCCUUCGACACCUCGCGGUUGCGAAAUUGGGGAAGAACUUGUGAUGGACCUAAGAGAGGAAACUAGAUGACCAAAGCUUUGUGGUCUG